AUGGCCGCGUCUUCUUCGAACCCACAUCUCCUUCCGGAGCAGCUGCUACCUACGGAAGGUAAGGGUUCGGAGGAGGAAACGAGGGACUGGGUGGCGGACCUGCCACAGGACGCGCUGCUGGCCGUGCUUCGCCGGCUGGAUGUCGUCGACAUCCUCAUGGGGCCCGGCCAUGUUUGCCGGCCCUGGCGCCACGUCACGCAAGACAAGCCCGACCUGUGGCGCCACAUCGACAUGAGCCACCACGCCCAGCUAGCCAGCCGCGUCGACCUCCAGCCAGCCGCGCGCGCUGCCGUGAGACGCAGCGCGGGCCAGUGCGAGGCCUUCUGGGCUCAGGACUUCGGCGUCGACCGUGACCAGUUCUUCCUCUUCCUUGCGGACGCGUGA